UAGUCGUCUCCUUCUUCGAUGUUCCACCUACACUGUUCCACGCGUCCCCCACACAACCCCAUAUUCUACCGAUCUUUCCCCAGAUCUCCAGGCACCAACGUCUUCCAAUUUGCCCUGUUUCUGCUUUCGUGGGCCUCUCUCUGUUUUCUCGCCUCUUUCUAGUUGGGUUUCUUUUAACUGAUCGGCCGGGACCUACCAGCACUUGCCUCGCUGGCCAUGGAGUCGCUGCGCAAGUCCUUUAAGUCCUGCGGCUCCCACAAGCACCCCCGAGGCUUCUCUUCUUCCCGCGAAGAUCGCCUGCCCAUCCUCGGCGAGCGAGCGGCCGCCGUCGACCCCGCCGACCUCGAGCUCGGCCUCGGCGGUCCCGGCUUGCCGGGCGAUUGGAAGAGCGACGGUUCGGGAAUGCCGAGGGAACCCGGCAUUGAGUUCCGGAAGAAGGGGAGCGAGGAGGGUGCUCCCGCGGAGGACCCGCCGUCGCGGUUGAUCGGGCGGUUCCUCCACGAGCAGCGGGCCUCCGGCGACGUGUCGCUGGACAUGGACCUGGAGAUGGAGGAGCUGCGCGGCGGCGGGGAUGGCAGCCGGAGGGACUUGCCUCCGGUCGCCGACUCGCCACGGCCAACAAGGCAGAGCCAGGACGGCUCGAGAGUGUCCUUUCAGCCGCCCAUCUCGACAGGGGCUGGGCCAGGUACGCUGCAGAGGCGGCACAAUGGCUUGCCGAGCCACGGCGGAGAUGGCAACUCUGGCGGUAACAGGGAAGAGGAGGUUGUGAAAUACGCGUCGAGCGGGUCUUUCCAGGGGAAAUCAAGCUUGCUCCGCACGAAAACCCGGUCGCGGCUGAUGGACCCGCCGGAGGAGCCCAACAGGAGAUCGGGCCGGAUUCGGAGAUCGGGCCAAGUGCGGUCUGGAAUGCUGGGGAGGGCAGGGGAUGAGGAGGAGGACGACUUCUUCUUGGAAGACGACCUUCCAGAGAAGUUCAAGAAGGCCCAGUUCGGCGCCAUUACUCUGUUACAAUGGGUGAGUUUGGUCUUGAUCACUGGUGCUUUAGUUUGUACUCUUGCAAUUCCUGCAUCGAAGCGUAGAGAAUUGUGGAAUCUCAAACUGUGGAAGUGGGAGGUCACGGUCUUGGUCUUGAUUUGUGGGAGGUUGGUCUCUGGGUGGAUGAUUCGAUUAGUCGUGUUCUUCAUCGAGAGGAACUUUCUGCUGCGAAAACGGGUUCUGUAUUUCGUCUACGGCGUUCGAAAGGCAGUGCAGAACUGCCUGUGGUUGGGGCUGGUCUUGAUUGCUUGGCAUGCUCUGUUUGACAAGAAGGUCGAGAGGGAGACGAACAGCGACAGCUUGAGGUAUGUCACCAAGGUGCUGGUGUGCUUCCUAGUGGGGACUCUGCUGUGGUUGGUUAAGACGCUGAUCAUCAAGGUGCUGGCGUCGUCGUUCCACGUGAGCACCUACUUUGACCGGAUCCAGGAGUCUCUGUUCAAUCAAUACGUGAUCGAGACGUUGUCGGGUCCGCCUGUGAUUGAAAUUCGGAGGACGGAGGAAGAGGAGGAGAGCAUUGUGGCCGAGCUCCAGACUUUCCAGAAAGCAGGCAUGACUGUGCCGCUGGAUCUAAGGGCGGCAGCUUUUCCGACUAAAAGUGGGAUGGCAGUUGGGAGCGGAGGGCUUCAGAGAAGUCCGCAAGUGAAGAACAUGAAGCUCUCUCGAGGGCUGCCAGGAAAGGGCGAGGGAGGGAUCACAAUAGAUCACUUGCACAAGCUGAAUCCCAAGAAUGUGUCUGCCUGGAAUAUGAAAAGAUUGAUUAAAAUCGUGCGGCACGGAUUUCACUCGACAUUGGACGAGCAGAUACAGGAUACUACUCAUGAGGAUGAGUCGGCAACGAUGAUCAGGAGUGAAAUCGAAGCCAAAGCUGCAGCUAGGAAGAUCUUUCGAAAUGUGGCUAAGCAUGGUUCAAAGUUUAUCUACUUGGAAGAUCUGAUGCGCUUCAUGACGGAAGACGAAGCCUCGAAGACGAUGAAUCUCUUCGAAGGAGUCGAUGAAGGCAAGAGAAUCAGCAAGUCGUGCCUGAAGAGCUGGCUGGUCAAUGCUUUCAGAGAGAGGAGAGCGCUCGCCUUGACCUUAAACGACACGAAGACUGCGGUCAACAAGCUGCAUCGGAUGGUCAACGUCAUAGUAGGCAUUGUCAUAUUGAUCAUCUGGCUUCUCAUUCUGGGGAUAGCAACAAGCAAGUUCCUGCUCUUUCUCAGUUCGCAGCUCGUCCUCGUCGCAUUUAUUUUCGGGAACACCUGCAAGACCAUAUUCGAGGCGAUCAUCUUCUUGUUCGUGAUGCAUCCAUAUGAUGUGGGCGAUAGGUGUGAGAUCGAUGGAGUCCAGAUGGUUGUAGAAGAGAUGAACAUCUUGACGACCGUGUUUCUGAGGUAUGACAAUCAAAAGAUUACAUACCCAAACAGCACUCUUUCAACGAAGGCCAUCGGCAACUAUUAUAGGAGCCCUGACAUGGGAGACGCGAUCGAAUUCUGUGUGCACAUAUCUACUCCUGCAGAGAAGAUUGCUGCCAUGAAGCACAAGAUAACCAGUUACGUCGACAGCAAGAAAGAGCACUGGUAUUCCUCGCCUAUGAUCAUAAUGAAAGAUAUAGAAGAGCUGAACAGGGUGAGGAUCGCCGUGUGGCUGUGCCACAGGAUAAACCACCAGGACAUGGGAGAGAAGUUCGCGAGGCGAUCCCUCUUGAUCGAGGAGAUGGUCAAAAUAUUCAGAGAGCUCGACAUCCAAUACCGCUUGCUACCGCUCGACAUCAAUGUCCGCGCGAUGCCUGCUCUGAGCUCCACGCGGGUUCCUCCUGCAUGGGAAAAUGCUGGCUGAGUCGCUCAACUGGUCAGACAAAGAGCUGCAUUCACCUGCACAGUAGAUUGGUCGGUCGUAUUCCACGGUAGCAGUGCGAAUGGCGGACCGUGUAGCAGUCUCCGGCAAGCCGCUACUUCUUCGACUCUGAGGUUUUCCUCUCUCAUUGUACAUAUUCAUCGUAGUACAGUGAAAAUUUGGUUUCUCCAUCUUUCCCGCGGCACCUUAGGCUCUUUAACUGGGAUUCCGGAACUCUUUUCCUAUCUUAAUCCGAGGCCAACUUGUAAUUAGAGAAUGAGUUGUUAUGCAAAUGAUGCUUUGAAAUUGAGGGGAUACAUCGUGUUACUCGAGAGAGAGUUCUCAGAAUAUAGAUGUUCAUAUGUCUAUUGAUGGUCAUACUGUUGCUUUU